AUGAACGAGUCGCUGGUGGUGAACGACUCCUCUGCGUCUCCGGGGGCCGGGGAAUCUCUCUCCUGGAUGGAGGCUGACUCUCCAGAGCACAACGGCAGCCUGGAGUUCUCCACCGCCCCUUUUGAUUUCCCCAUCAACCCAUGGGACAUCAUGCUCUGCUUGUCAGGCACCGUCAUCGCCUGCGAGAACGCCAUAGUUGUGGCCAUCAUCUUCUACACGCCGACGUUAAGGACUCCCAUGUUUGUUCUUAUCGGGAGCCUUGCCACAGCAGACCUCCUGGCUGGCAUGGGAUUAAUCCUGAACUUUGUGUUUCAGUACGUGAUCUCCUCUGAGACUAUCAGCCUUAUCACUGUAGGCUUCCUGGUGGCCUCCUUCACGGCCUCCAUCAGCAGCCUAUUGGCCAUAACAGUGGACCGUUACUUCUCCCUCUACAACGCCCUGACGUACUUCUCAGAAAAGACGUUACAGUACGUGCACCUGAUGCUAAUGGGGACCUGGGGGGUGUCCCUGCUCCUGGGCUUGCUGCCGGUGCUCGGCUGGAACUGCCUGGACGAGCCGGACUCCUGCAGCAUCGUCCGCCCUCUGACCCGGAGCAACCUCACCCUCCUGGCCACUUCCUUUUUCGUAAUCUUCGUGCUCAUGCUCACGCUCUACUUCAAGAUCUGCAAGAUCGUGUGUCACCACGCCCACCAGAUCGCCCUCCAGCAGCACUUCUUCGCCACGUCCCAUUAUGUCGCCACUAAGAAGGGCGUCUCCACUCUAGCUAUCAUCCUGGGGACUUUUGGCGCCAGCUGGCUUCCCUUCGCCAUCUACUGCCUGGUGGGCGAGAAGGAGUAUCCGUCAGUGUACACCUAUGCUACACUGCUGCCGGCCACCUACAACUCCAUGAUCAACCCCAUCAUUUAUGCCUACAGAAACGCAGAGAUCCAGCGCUCCAUCUAUAUGCUUCUCUGUGGCUGCUUUCAGGCCAAAGGAGCCUACCGCUCCAGGUCGCCUAGUGAGGUCUGA